ACCGCCGAUGAAGAUAAAUCACCCACAACACCAUCAUCACCAAGCCAUGAGAUUAACAAGUUAAAGGAUCAAUUAGAGCAACAGGCCAUACAAACGCGUCAGGCAUUGGCACAGCUGAUGUUGGUGCGCGAGCAGCUCAUAUCGGAAACAAAUGCGCGCAUUGAGGCUCAGGCACGCACACAGCAACUGUUACAACAGAAUCGCGAGUUGCUCGAGCAUUUGGCAUCGCUGGGCGCCUACAAUGAACAGCAGACGGCUGGGCUUACAUCGGCCAAUAUUGGCAUGGCACCACAGCUGCAAAUGCUAUUGCAAGCUACUGGCAACAACAACAACUUGGCCACCAUCAAUCAACAAAUAAACAGCCUUGGCUCCAUCAACCAGCAGCUGACAUCGCUCAGCCAUCAGCUGAGCGGUUUGAAUCAGCAGAGUCAAAAUAUACAGAACUUCCAAAAUAUCAACGCUGCCGUCGCACAACAACAGCAGCAACAACAACACUCGCCGCCGCCGACAGUGUCCAUGGCCUCACAACAGUUGACACCGCCUUGCUCGGCCGCUUCGCUGCAACAAUCGCAGCUACAGCUGAAUAUCGCCACGUCGACCAGCGCUGCCAACAGCAAUAAUAACAGCAACAAUAACAACGGCAACAAUAGUCCCUACCCCACAAUGAACCAACUGCAGAGCAUAAGCAACCAAUUGCAGCAGCUGAAUGCGCAUACCACGCAAACGCAACAAGACGCUCUCUCGAAAGAUCUCUACCAGGUCAAUCAGGAGCUUUUGAAUCGGCUACAGGCGCUCAAUCUCGGCGCUGGCAGCAACACGAAUGCGCUGUCGUUGGGCGGCACGCCACUGGGGAAUGCACAACAGACGCCUUCGCCGCGCAACUCUUUCUUCUUCGUCAACCCCAUGUCCUGUAGUCCGGCCAACAACAACAAUGCAGCGAGUAACUUCAACUUCCUUAGCUCGCCAGCUACGCUAUCAGGCCAAUUGACGCCCUCACCAAUGAGCACACUCACACGCAACUCAUACACGCACAGCCCACAGCUACAGCACGCCCUGCAGCAGCAGCUGCCACAAGAUGCCGCGGAUACACUACAACAGCUUAGCAGCAUUGAUCAGAAUUUAAAUAAUUUAAUAGACGAACAAUUGAUGAAACCGCUAGGCGGACCGAUGGUCUCGUCCGCCUCCAAUGGGAACAUAGCCACAAGCAGUCCUUCUGGCACGCGCGAGUCGAGUCGCUCCUCGUCUACACUCGAUUCAGCAGCUUCACCCUCAUCGCCGCGCAUACGUAGUAAUGGUGGUGGUAACAACAACAACAAUAGCAACAACAGCGGUAACAGCAACAACAACAACGAGGCACGUUUCAACACCGUAAUGCUGAAAGUCACCGACGAGGCGGGCAACGUAACGAAUCAGCGGAAACUCUCGGCCACGCCAAGCUUUAUACAGCGCAGCACCAGCGAGAAGGUGCCCAAUCGCAGUCAAAUUAUGAGCCAAGUGCAGAGGACGGCUUGGGCGCGGCAUACGACUAAAUAACAGCAAGAUAACUGCGCCGCAGAUGGUGCUGACGACGGUGGUGGUGAUGAUGCUGAUGAUGAUGAUGAUGAUGAUGAAGUUGAAGAGUGGCGCUGCAUGGAUGACGUUGUAUUAAUCAAAAUUUAGUUGAGCAUAAAUAAGUGCGCGGUUUGGUUGAGCGAUUGCUGAAACCCAUUGGGCGUGGCGCAGUUGCGGCACAACGUUGUGGUUUGUGCUGCACCGUAAUGUGUAUUGGCGGUUUUUAUAAAUCAUAAAUUUAGUUCUUAGUCAAGGUUGGCUUAUGCAAACCAACACCAAAUACAUAAAAACAACAAAUAAGAAUUAAAUUUAAAAAGUUAUUUAGUAUUAAUUAUAAGUGAGUAUUAACUGUACACAUAAAUAAGAUGCAAUAAGUAAGGAUAGAAGCAUAUUGGACGGAAGAGUUAGGAAGCCAUUAUGAAAUAUAAAAUAAGAAAAAUACUUAAAAUGUCAUUUAAAAAAACUUUUAAAAUAUUGUUGUUAUUGUAUGAAAAUUAUAGACAUUUUUUUUUUAUUUUUUAAAUUUCUCUCCACACUUUGCUUCUUCUUCCAAAAAUCGCUCUGCUUUGGUCUACUUUAAAGAAUUAGAUUAAAUUAUUUUUUUAAUGAUUUUCAGGGAUUUUUUUCUAAAAUUACGGUUUUCUAUUGUAUAAUUUGAUUUUUAAUUUACAAUAUUAAUAUAAUUAUUUUAUAAAAUGAUUAAAGUUGCCAUUAACAUCUGACAGUCCUCUGCUUUCGUUCAGUCAUUAAAAAUCUUAAACUAAAUAAACUUCAAAUAAAAAAUCCUCACUUUCCUACAUUUUUCUUCGUUUACACUGUUAAACACUGAUUUUGUCACUCGCACCUUUUGAUGAUUUUUUCUCUAUGUCCUUGUUUCUCAUUCAAAAUUUGUUUUUCCUUUUGUGUCACCUACAUAUUCAUUGCUCACCAUAUAUUAAAGUCAAGUAAAAGGUUUGUGCGCUGUUUUGUUCGUAAACUUGCUGCCAACGAGAUGCCAACUUCAUUAUACCCCUCUCGUAGAAGGUUACGUCCCUUUUGGCGAAAAACUCACAUAGCCAAUUUUCACAGGCCUCUGUUGAGGCCAACUUCUCACCAUUAAACGCGUUCGCCAUGGACAGGAAAAGAUG